GUUACUAUCUUAGCAAAAGAACUCUAUAGUGUGAAAAUGCAUCCUGGUAGUUGCAUUAACUCGCACCUGUUGAUGAUGAAUCUGAAGUUCCAAAAGGAAAAUAUACUAGGAAUUGAUUUAUCAAGAAAACAAUGGGUCCAACUUAUCCUUAAUAGUCUUCCUCCGGAGUAUAAUGAAUUUGUUAUCUCUUACAUGAUCAACAAUUCUAACUCCUCCGACAUGGACAAGCUCGAAACAGAAUUACGAGCCCAUGAACGGAACUUGAUUGCAAUGGGUCCCCCUGGGUUUGCAAUCAAUAAUCGAAGGAAAAGGACUAGGUAUGAAGGAUCUAGCAAAACUGCUUCUUCAAGUACAAUUAUCAGACAUAAUCUUCUAUGUUCGAAUUGUAAUGGAAAGGGUCAUCAUGAAGAACGAUGUCCCAGGCUUCUAAACAAUUCAAACGAAGUUGCUUGAAACUUGGGAAAAUCUGCUUCCAGGAGAGUUACAGCUUAAAGUUGGCAAUGGCGAAUUAGUAUCGGUCAAAGCUAGAGGAAAAGCCCGCAUCAAGUUUCAACAAAGAUUUUUAAUUUUAGAAAAUGUUUUAUUUAUUCCAAACUUUAGUAGAAACUUGAUUAGUGUCUCAUGUUUGCAAACACAAUCUUAUAUAUUGAAUUUUUCGAGUACAAAUUGUUCAAUUUCUCGUAAUGGAUUUCAAAUAUGUGUUGCUAAUAUGGAAC